GCGAGUCCAACGAGGAUAUCAGUGACGUGUUGAUAACGGUGCAGUAUCUACAAUCUAGGCCAUCAGACAACACAACAUACGUCCGUUAGACUUAAUCCAAUUUCAGCUAUAACAUGGAGGUAACGUAUACCUUGCCUUCUAUACAUGUCUGUUGUUUGAACGAGUGGCUAAUAGUAUGAGCAACGUGCCACGUCAUUGGGGUUCCUGAAGUCAUAGAUCUAAAUGUUGGUGGACGGCAUCUGACCACGUCCCUUUCUACACUCCGCAAGUACCCGGACUCCAGGUUGGCCGCCAUGUUCAGUGGAAGAUACCCAAUAACUAAGGACAAAGAUGGCCGGUUCUUCAUUGAUGUAGAUGGAGAUACGUUUCUACACAUCCUCAACUUCCUGAGGUUCCAGACGCUUCCACCGCCAGAAGCUGCGCUCGCGGUGCAGAACUAUGCAGAACAUUUCGGAUUAAGGGAAUUAUGCAACAGGCAGCAAGAAUGGGGGCCAGUGUUUGUGAAAUCCUUGAAAGAAAAAUGGAAAGGCAAAAUAGAUGGUUACGAAUCUUGUCUUCGACAAGUUCGAGAUGGAUUGCUGACCUGUAACUUUGACAAUGGCUAUUUCUACAUCCAGUUCUCGGAUCUCUCUAAGCAUAUGUUCUCUCGGUGUAACGUUGCAGGCAUAUCUCAUGGCCACCUUGUUAUCAGUGUCACGUUCUACUCCUCGAAAACCCUGAGAAGCACUCUCAUUAGGUUCCUCAACGAUGACCUGAGACGUAUCAAUGUCUUUCUUGAAGGGGAGGAGGCAUACAGACCGGAAUCUUCCUGCGAGUGCAGAGUAGCAUUCAGAUACAUCUUGAGAUAAUCUUGGACGAUGUAGAUCUACCGUAUACACGAAUCCACUCAGUCUGGUAACACUUCAAGAACACGAACACGAACAGUAACGAACAGUAAUAUUAUUCAAAGGUCAAUUCAGUUUCCCACCGGAAACGAACUGCAUCACGUCGAGCUUUCCUCCCACAUUAGUCUGACACACCAUGAUGUAACUGGAAUACUGUUCAAAGCGGCGUUAAACCGAGGAGGCAUACAGACCAGAAUCUUCUUGUGACUGCAGAGUAGCAUGCAGAUACAUCUUGAGAUAAUCCUGGACGAUGUAGAUCUACCGUGUACAUCAAUCGACUGCUGACGUUUCUAGAAACUUACACGAACAGUAAUAUUAUUCAAAGCUCAGUACAGGUUCUCACCGGAAACGAACUGCAUCACUUCGGGCUUUCCUCCCACAUUAAUCUGACACACCAUGAUGUAACAGGAAUACCGUUCACUCACUGACUCUUACUUGAAACAAAAAAAACAGUUGUGGGUGACAGUUGUGACAAUUGUAUACGAUUUCUUCAUGUUAAUUAUGAGUAAUUUAGAUUUGAGGCUGCUUUUCCCAAUAUUACAUACGUAUCACAGCGUUGUAAAUAAAGCAUUUGCCUCACAUAUUGUACCCUAUGAUUA